UUUCCGUUUGUCUCACCGAUUCCGCAUGACAUUUCAUAUUUACCCCUACAGACUCACUUUCUUUACUUCCUUUCAGCAGUCCCUAAAGGUCUUGUAUUCCGCUGAAUUUUGCUCACUAUCAAGUCAGCAUAUAUUUUUCUCUUUUCCGGAUCAUAACCUGUUCGGUAAAACUGUACAUCAUGUCUUCGCUCCCUCCUGUUUACAUUGUUUCGGCCGCGCGGACCCCCGUGGGCUCAUUUUUGGGUUCUCUAUCAAGCCAGACUGCCCCGCAGCUGGGUUCUCAUGCGAUUAAAGCGGCCCUUAACAGAGCCGAUGGUAUCAACCCAUCAGAUGUUCAGGAAGUAUUCUUCGGAAACGUCCUCUCCGCCAAUGUUGGUCAGAAUCCCGCUAGACAGUGUGCUCUUGGGGCCGGACUUGGAGAGUCUACGGUGUGUACCACGGUCAACAAGGUUUGCGCAUCUGGUCUGAAGGCAGUCAUUCUUGGAGCCCAAACAAUCAUGACUGGUAACGCGGAUGUUGUUGUGGCCGGUGGCGCCGAGUCCAUGUCGAACGCCCCACACUAUCUCCCAAAUCUCCGCACCGGGGCCAAAUAUGGCCAUCAAAGCUUGGUGGAUGGCAUCAUGAAAGACGGCCUGACCGAUGCAGGCAAGCAGGAACUUAUGGGUCUGCAAGCCGAAGAGUGUGCAGAAGACCACGAUUUGAGCCGGGAACAGCAGGACAACUAUGCUAUCCGGACCUACGAAAAAGCCCAGGCUGCACAGAAAGCCGGUCUUUUCAAUGACGAGAUCGCACCAAUUGAAUUGCCUGGAUUUAGGGGCAAGCCGGGUGUCACGGUGUCUCAGGAUGAGGAGCCGAAGAAUCUCAAUCCUGAUAAGCUUCGGGCCAUCAAGCCUGCUUUCAUUCCUGGGUCGGGAACUGUGACAGCCCCUAAUUCUUCCCCUUUGAAUGACGGGGCUGCGGCUAUCGUUUUGGUUUCCGAAGCAAAGGUUAAAGAGCUCAACCUCAAGCCCGUUGCUAAAAUCCUUGGAUGGGGAGAUGCUGCUCACCAGCCUAGUAAAUUCACCACUGCGCCGGCUCUCGCAAUUCCUAAGGCACUCAAACAUGCAGGUAUUGCCCAGGAUGCUGUGGAUGCAUUUGAGAUCAAUGAGGCAUUCAGCGUGGUUGCUCUGGCCAACAUGAAAUUGCUCAACAUCCCCGAAGAGAAGGUCAACAUUCAUGGCGGCGCUGUUGCUAUCGGUCAUCCGAUCGGUGCCAGCGGUGCCCGUAUUUUGACUACCCUGCUUGGUGUUCUGAAAGCUCGGAACGGCAAGAUCGGUUGUGUGGGAAUUUGCAAUGGAGGUGGUGGCGCGAGCGCCAUGGUUGUGGAGUCUCUUGUCUAAUGUUUGGAAGCGCAAUUCCGUUGAGUCACUUGAGCUCAUGGCCAUUUUUGUUUUGAAGAAGACCGACGAGUCCCCCACGAGCGGUCUGAUAACAAUUUAUUCUCGCGUCAAAUGUUGGAUCGAAGAUGCUAGGCUCCAUAUAGCACCGUGUCUUUCCUAGGAAACCAAUUUUUAAACCAUUCCUGCAUGAUUCCUUGGAUUAAAGGCCGUAGUGCGGAAGGUAUGUCCUAAAGUUAUACAGGCCAUGGCCUUGCCUGGAACAAUAUCCUAUAUGAAACUACGCAAGGAACUCCCAAAACAGUUGUGGGAACACAUAGCUCAAAGAGAUCUAGGAAAUAUCGUGCUGUAGAAAUAGGAUCAGAGAAUAUGGCUAGCAUCGACGAGUGUCGCGAGAACCGCAUGUAUUGACCUGUUUUUUCUCUGUUCUAUCAAGU